UAGACACAAAAAGAAAGAGAGAGAAGAAAUAGAAGUAAAGAAAAACAAAGCGAGAGAGAAAUUGAGAAAUGCAAGGGAGUGAACUGUUGCCUGACUAAUUCUCCCGCCAACAACUACUUCACCUGGUCAGGUGUCACAUUUGUGUUUACCUUUACACGUCUUGACACUCUUCCUGUUUACCUUUACGUAUCUCGACACUGGUCCCGUUUCAAGGUUGACGGUCACCUCCACGAGUCUCCAGACAAAAUGGUUGUCUCAUUUACUGUGUUGUUACUAUGUUUAGUCUGGUCACAUGCAGUCGAAGGUUCGAAAACAGACAACGGCAAAAGACCACAAGAGGUUACCACGUCUCUCGGCUCUGUAGUGGUGGUCGGGGCUGGAGUUGCCGGAUUAGCAGCGGCCAGGUCCCUCACCAACUCUGGCCAGUGGGAUGUUACUGUGUUAGAAGCACGAAAGGAGCGCUAUGGGGGUCGUGUGUGGACCGACCGCAUCAACUUUGACCGUGCAAAAGGUCUUGAAGCUGAUCUGGGAAUUGUUAUGUUUGAUGAUGAUGACCCUGAGAACAUGCUGAGUGAAUUUUUGGGUCCAUUUGAAGUGAGUCCAAAGCGUAUUGAAUUGAAGCAGUUGAUUGAUGGUAACACAAACAAAGUCUACCGUGAUCUGGAGUUUGAAAAUCUGGCUCAGAUCCAUCAACAGCUUUUAAUGGCUGCCGUGCAGACUUCCAGUUCACCAACCAAGGACGUUUCAUUGCAAGAAGCCAUUGACAAUUUAUAUCGACUGCAACCAGUUUUCAAAGAGACCCUUCCACCAAACGUCUUCACUACUUUGACUUUAGCCAGAUACAAUCUGGCCCCAAAGUUAAUCUCUUGCAGGUCCUUGAAAUCUCGCUUUAACUUGCUCCCUAAUACAGUUAUUGAAGAAGGGUUCCAAGAAGUCCUCGACAGGUUGGUCAGUGGUGUUGAGCUGGAAGAAGCACCGUUAAAUCUGGAGAUGAAUAAGGUAGUUUCUCAGAUCAAGAUAGCCCAAGUGGACAAUACCAGUAAGGUUUUGGUCCGAACCAAGGAUCGGCGCCAGAAGAAAGCAGAUGCAGUCAUUGUUGCUGUGCCAUUAGGGGUUCUCAAAGCCUCCCGAAUAGCGUUUGAUCCUGUACUACCUGUUGAAAAACGUGUGGCUUUGAAUUCCUUAGAGGUUAGCAGUGUGAAUAGUGUUGUCUUUAAAUUUGCUUCAAUAUUUUGGCCGAGGGACACAGAACUCUUCCAUUUUGCUGUAUCCGAUAUGAGUGAAAUUGGAUUGAUGACCACUUGGUUAAACACUGGCUGGUUGUCUCGUCGUAAGGAUCCAUAUUUGACCACCUUUAUCCAAGGCAAUACUGCUACCAAGUUUGGAAAUUACUCUGACACCCAACUUAAAACUAUCGCACUGGAACGGUUGACAGCAAUGUUUCAUUUGAAGAAUUUGUCCAAAGAUGCCAUCUUGAGUGUGACAUCAAGUAACUGGGCAUCUGAUCCUUUCAGUCAGGGACUUCUCUCUUACCCCACCAUUGGUAUGUCCCAAACCCAGUGGGACGCUGUCUCCAAGCCUAUCUGUCCUCACAUCUACUUCGCCAAUGACUAUACUGACUCCACCAGAUUCGGGACCAUCCAGGGGGCGUUUAGAUCUGGACUCCGAGCAGCUGAACACCUCAUGCAAGGGUGCCGUGGCAAUGUCCCAGACCCCAAAAUGAGAUAUUUAAAAGAACCGAAGGGAUCUAGAAAAAGAGGUCACGGAAAAAAGCAGGUCAGAGCAAGCGUAACGGUCAACAGAACCAAGAAAGAAGAACUAUGAGCUAUUGUUGAUGUUUUAGUAUGAGGUGAUGGCCAGAAUUGGAACUUACUAGUUCUGUGUUAUCUUUGUGAAUUAUGUUACUGAUUAUUUGAUAUGUAAAUAUCACCAAUGUGUGUAUAUACAUAUAUAGUGAAUUUGUGUGUGUGUAUAUAUGUAUAUAUACUAACUUUGUCUCUCUCUCUCUCUCAAUAUAUAAUCCUUUUUUUUUUUUUUGGAUGGUGAAAUUCAAAGCACAUAAUGCUAUAAAUAAAAGCAUAUAAGUAUUGGGUGGGAAAAUCCUCUUGGAUAGAAAAAGUCUAAAGCUGUCUCAAGGAUGAUUUUUUUUACACUUGUUGAACAUGGAGGAAGGAGCAGUACCCAUAGCUUUUGCAGACCCUGCUUGACCAAUAAGACAAAUGCCAUUAACGUUCUUUUUUGAACCUUUCUAACUCUAACAGUUGCAAGGAGGAAAUUUGAGAGGGUUGGUACUCUGGGAAAGAAGGUUAGGGGUGUUGUGAUUAGCGUAGGGCCUGGGAAUUUAGACCCAACAAGGGUGAUAAGAAAAGAAAAGUAGAACGGGAGUACCUGAAUGGAGAUGGCAUAGCCCCAGUUAGCUCUGAGGAGCAGAGGCCAUUAGAGAGUAGCAGUAGGAAAAAGCAGAAAGAAGAGGUAGUGUGUCUGUGAGCCAGAAACGAGGGCAUAUUAUCUGUGAGUGAUUUUUAUGCCAACCACUUGGAUGACUCUUUUUCUGGUUGCAGUUGAAGAUGUUUGAGCGCACUGUGGCCUCAACACAGUCUAUUACAUAAGUUUGCCAUUACUCUUUUUACUCAUUUCAGUCAUUUGACUGUGGCCAUGCUAGAGCACCGCCUUUAGUCGAGCCAAUCGACCCCAGGACUUAUUCUUUGUAAG